AUGGCACGAUCGUGCUCCUCGUCUAGCGAUACGUCGUCGCCCAAGUACGAGUUCUCGGAUUCGGAUUCCGAUCAGAAGCGGCGUGGAAAAAGAAACCGUCCCCGCCGUUUGCCGACCAGCAACAGUAAGAACGCUGUGGCCGCCCGCAUAAACCGCAUGAAACAGAAACAGUACGUCAAGGACCUGGAGCAAAAGAUGUCGCGGCUUAAACGUGAGAUCAAGGGUGUGAAACGGGAGUUGAGAGAACGCGAGGAAAAGUGGGCUAGCAGCCGCCGACAGGUGGCCUAUUUGCGCAGCAUGAUUGCUAACAGCCAUCAAAUUGGCGGUCUGUUGCGCAACAUACGCUGGAGGAAUAUCGUCCCACAAGAGGAAAGAAACAGAGACCACCCCCACACGGUGCCGCCUCCUCCAGUUGCACCUCAAGAAGAAGAGGGCUGGGCACUGUUAGACGGUGUCAACCCUACAACGACUGAGCUAUUCCAAGAAACCGUCCCAUCUAAAUAUGUGUCAGUGUGCACGUUGUUACCGUAG